AUGAACCCGUGGAGGGGAAGGUGUAAAAUGUGGCCGUAUUCAAAAAAUCAAAAGAAAGAAAGCUCAUCGUGUGAUAAGUGUCGAGUUGUGUUGAAAAGUACCAGCUAUGAUACCUAAAUUUACCACUGAAUACAAGAAAACUGAAAAUUUUUAUAAUUUUUCUUAUAAUUUUAGAAAGUGCGGAUCUUUCUUAAUCUCACUGGAUACCGAAGUUUUUUUUAAUAAAGUUAU